AUGUCAAAGGCAGUAGGUGAUUUAGGCUUGGUUGGUUUGGCCGUGAUGGGCCAAAAUUUGAUCUUAAACGCAGCAGAUCACGGAUUUACCGUAGUUGCUUACAAUAGGACACAAUCAAAAGUAGAUAGGUUUUUAGCUAAUGAGGCAAAAGGAAAAUCAAUAAUUGGUGCAACUUCAAUCGAAGACUUGGUUGCAAAACUAAAGAAACCUAGAAAGAUUAUGCUCUUGAUCAAAGCCGGUGCCCCGGUCGACAUUCUAAUAAGGGAACUUGUACCACAUCUGGAUAAGGGCGACAUUAUCAUUGACGGUGGUAAUUCACAUUUCCCAGACACUAACAGACGCUACGAAGAGCUGACCAAACAAGGCAUUCUUUUUGUGGGUUCUGGAGUCUCAGGCGGUGAAGAUGGUGCACGCUUCGGUCCAUCUUUAAUGCCUGGCGGGUCCGCAGAAGCUUGGCCGCACAUCAAGAACAUCUUCCAAUCUAUUGCUGCUAAAUCGGAUGGUGAGCCAUGCUGCGAAUGGGUGGGACCUGCUGGGUCUGGCCACUAUGUGAAGAUGGUACAUAACGGUAUUGAGUACGGUGAUAUGCAGUUGAUUUGCGAGGCUUACGACAUCAUGAAACGAAUUGGCCGGUUUACCGAUAAAGAGAUCAGCGAAGUGUUUGACAAGUGGAACACUGGUGUUUUAGAUUCUUUCUUGAUUGAAAUCACGAGAGACAUUUUGAAAUUCGAUGAUGUUGACGGUAAGCCAUUGGUAGAAAAAAUUAUGGAUACCGCUGGUCAAAAGGGCACUGGUAAAUGGACUGCAAUCAAUGCCUUAGAUUUAGGUAUGCCGGUCACUUUAAUCGGCGAGGCUGUUUUCUCUCGUUGUUUGUCAGCCAUAAAAGACGAACGUAAAAGAGCUUCAAAACUUUUGGCAGGACCAACGGUGCCAAAAAAUGCAAUUCAUGACAGACAACAAUUUGUAUACGAUUUAGAGCAAGCAUUGUAUGCAUCAAAGAUUAUUUCAUAUGCUCAAGGUUUUAUGCUGAUCCGGGAGGCCGCCAGAUCAUACGGGUGGAAAUUGAACAAUCCCGCCAUUGCUCUAAUGUGGAGAGGCGGCUGUAUAAUCAGAUCUAUCUUCUUAGCCGAAAUCACGAAGGCCUAUAGGGACGAUCCAGAUUUGGAAAAUUUGUUAUUCAACAAGUUUUUCGCUUCUGCAGUUACUAAGGCCCAAUCUGGUUGGAGAAGGUCUAUUGCUCUUGCUGCGACUUACGGUGUUCCAACUCCAGCUUUCUCUACUGCGUUAGCUUUUUAUGACGGCUACAGAUCUGAGAGGUUGCCAGCAAAUCUGUUACAAGCUCAACGUGAUUACUUUGGCGCUCAUACCUUUAGAGUUUUACCCGAAUGUGCUUCUGCCCAUUUGCCGGUGGAUAAGGAUAUUCAUAUCAACUGGACUGGACACGGAGGGAAUAUUUCUUCCUCCACCUACCAAGCUUGA